CCGCGACAGUAGCGCGCUUUACAUGUCGUGGACGCACGUACGUCGUGCCGAAUAAACUUUCUAAUUUGUUUAUUUUGUUUAUAAUUGUGUGCUGAAUAUUAAUUGCGGUGUGGAAUACAGAAAAAAUCUAUAUUUACACAUCUAGUUUCUAAUAAACAGGUCGUAAGUGAUCAUGGGUAAAGUAGCGACAUCAGAAGCAUUACGUUUCAUGACGGACUGCCUGAAGGCGGUGGGCGCGGCGAGCAGGCCGGCGCAGCAGCAGGCCGAGUUGUUACUGCAGGCUGAUCGACUUGGACAUCCCAGCCAUGGACUCAACAGACUUGAAUAUUACAUAAACGAUAUCAAAACCGGGGCAUGUUCUCCUAACAACGAGCCACGCGUGCUGAAAGAGAGCGCAUCCACGGCAUGGGUGGAUGCCAACAACGUGCUAGGAGCGACCGCGGGACACUUCGCUAUGGACCUCGCUAUCAGCAAGGCGAGGGACACCGGCGUAGGCUGGGUUAGUGUGAAAGGAUCUAAUCACUUCGGUAUAGCUGGCUGGUGGGCGCAGAAAGCAGCUGAUAAAGGUCUGAUAGGAAUGGCAUUUACUAAUACUUCGCCGUUACUUGCACCAACGAGGAGCAAACAGUCGGCGCUGGGUACAAAUCCUAUAGCAGUGGUGGCUCCAGCAGAAAACGGUGAAAGCUUUUAUUUAGAUAUGGCGACCUCAGCUGUUGCUGUGGGGAAGAUCGAAAUGCAACUACGCAAAGGCGAGUCGAUACCGGCUGGGUGGGCGCAGGGACCUGACGGCAAGGAGACUAAUGACGCUGCUUUGGCAUACGAGACGCUGUGCCUGAUGCCGCUGGGGGGCGGGGAGAAUACCUCAGGGUACAAGGGCUUCGGCUUGUCCGCUAUGGUGGAACUCUUCUGUGGCGUAUUGUCAGGUUCCCUGUACGGGCACCACAUAAGGUCGUGGUCGCACAGCGGCACGGGCGGCGCCGCCGACCUCGGCCAGUGCUUCGUGGCGCUGGAGCCCGGCUGCUUCGCCCCCGGCUUCCCGCAGCGCCUCGCGGACUGUCUGCAGCACUGGAGGCAGCUCGCACCCACUGACCCGAGGCUGCCGGUGCUGGCGCCUGGGGACAAAGAGAGGAGUAGCGCAGCAGCCACCGACAGCUGCGGCUGCGUCUCCUUCCUGCAGCAGCAGCUGGACUCCAGCGCCGCGCUCGCCGACAGGCUCAAUGUACGACCUAUGCAAAUCACCACAUAAUUGUUAGUAUACAAAUCAACACAAAUAACUUGUAAUUCCUAAAUCCGCAUAUAGAGAAAUUAGAUCGCUCUGGCUGUCUUUUUUUAAGACCAAAAUAUAUCUGCAAUGUUAUAGUAGAAACAAUGUUUUAGACUGCCUUUUAUAAACUAACUUUAUUUUUAAAAAACACAAGCUGAGAUGGGGAUAGUUGACAAUUUAAAAAU